AUGCAUUCAACAAACUAAGAGGAGGACCAGACUAUGUCGAAAGUUUAAGUAGUAAAAUCAAUGAUUUAACUUGGAGUGCCAGUAAUCUUUCAAGCUUUCAUGUCAUUCUUGAACCAAACUGUAAAUAUUUUCUACUCAGGUUAUGAUCCUGAUCCUUCAGUAGUAGCGGGAGUUGGUCUAGGCACAACUUUUAUUAAUGUUGUGUAUUUAGCAGUAUGUCUUGGAUUAAAUGGUGUUCUGUAGUCUUUGAUUUCAUAAUCUAUAGGAGCAGGCAAUUAUAGACAGAGUGGAAUUUAUGUUAAUAGAGGAAGAUUAAUAAUUACAAUAUGGUGCCCUAUAGCAAUAUUCUUAUCUUUCUUUCUUGAAGAUACACUCAUUGCUAUCGGUAUUGAUUCAUAAACUGCUAAAUGCGCUCAGAACUAUACAGUAAGAUAGAUUCCAGGAUUAAUAGCUUUUAUGUACUUUGAUAUUGCUAGAUAGUUUUUAGUAGGUUAUGGAAAACCUCUUUUAAGUACUUAUAUUUAGGUUAUUACGGGAAUACUUCAUAUUUUUCUUUGUCAUUUUCUAAUCGUAAAGAUGGAAUUACCCUACUACUAUACAAGCUAUUCCACAUGUCUCUAAUUCUUUGCUAAUUUUGUUAUUAUUCAUUUUUUGAUCAAAUUAGACUCGUAAUACAAUGAAUCAUGGUUCUUAGGAGGAAUGGAAACAUUCUCAAACUUUUGCGAAUAUGCUAAAUUGGCAGUGCCAGCAGCACUAUUGUUUUGCAUGGAGUUUUUAGGAUUUGAAGCUCUGUGCAUAGUUUCUGGCUACAUAUCAGUUACUGCUAAUGCCGCAUAAGUCAUAACAUUUACCACUAAUGUAAUGUUUUAUAUGAUUCCAACAGGUCUCAGUAUGGCUUCUACUACCAUUGUUGGACAACUUAUUGGAUAAAAGAAUAGCAAACUUGCUAAGGCAAAAUCUAGCUUCAUCAUUAAAUUUUCUCUUCUUCUUGCUCUAUUUAUGGGGGGAUUACUAUUUGUUCUGAGACAUUAAAUAGCAAAACUCUUUUCAACAAAUCCUGAAGUAGUAGAAAUCACAUCAUAAACAUUCAUAGUGUCUGCUAUCUCUGUGGUUUUUGACUUUAUUUAUGCAAUACAAUAAGGAUCAAUUAGAGCGUUAACUAAGUUCAAUCAUGCAGUAGCUGGAGGCAUUGUUGCAUUUUAUGUCUUUGCUUGGCCUUUAGGAACUCUCUUAGGAAUUUAUUUUAAACUGGGUUUGAAGGGAUUAUGGAUGGGUCUGAUUACUGGAGAAGCAAUUGUAGUUUUAUACUUUUAAUACUUGUUAAGUUGGGGUUUUGAUUGGGAAAAGAUUACCUAGUAAUGUUCUGACAGGUAAGAUGCAGAUUUAAAGAUUAUUAACUAGAGAGAAAAUUUGCUAAUGAACAGUUUUGAUAAAGUAAUUGAUAAGGAUGAUGAAAUUAUUGAGAUGCAGGGUAAUACAUAUAUUUUGGAAAGUCCAGACAAAGCAAAACUGAUUUAAAAUAAAUGA